AUGGCGCCGAGACGCUCAGCUCGAGUAAGCGCAAUAACGCAGCAGGCUGCGUUGGACCUCGAUAGCAUACAAGAACAACCAUCAACAAGGGCAAAGAAGGUCCAGAAAGCUGGUGUUCUGGCGAAGAAACCCACAAAAGUAAUCAAAAAGCAAGCUGGCGGGAAGGGCGGGAAAUCUGUAUCAAAAGCUGCCGCUGUGGCAGCAGCAGCAGCAACAGCAACAGCAAUUGCUAAUCCCGCCUCCAAAACCCCCCAUAUACCACCCCCAUCAACCCCCAAACGGCCACGAACACGGCCAAACCCCACAUCCAGUCCAGCCCUCAAUCGGCCCAUCGACCCGCACCUCACUGCCGCAACACUCCUCACCCCACGCGGUAGCCACCUAACCGCCUACCCAGCGAACCCAGAAGAUGCCUCCCCUUCCAAAAAGAGCCUCCCACGCCCAACCACCACAACAGGAACCCUACUCGAAGAAGCCACCGCCCAUCUCUUGAACGUCGCGCCGCAAUUACGCCCCGUUGUGGAGAAGCAUCCAUGCCCGCUGUUCUCGCCCGCAGGGCUCGCGGAGGAGAUCGACCCAUUCAAUUCGCUGGUGAGCGGCAUUAUCGGCCAGCAGGUCUCCGGGGCCGCGGCGCGGAGUAUCAAGAAGAAAUUCAUGGCGUUGUUUCGCGGCGGUGCCGAAGGGGGAAAUGGUAAUUAUAGUAAUAAUGUCCAUAAUAAUAACAAUAAUGCGAACGAUGUUAUUGUUACUACUAUUGCUACUAACACCGCUGCCCCGGAAAAUCCCUCCGCGAACGAGAUAAACAGCAACAGCAACGGGGGCGACAACGAAAGCGAGAGCGAGAAACCAGAGGCGGCGGAAAUGCGCUAUGAUCGUGAUGACGACUUCCCCACCCCGGCGCAGGUGGCUAAAUGCGACAUCGCGACGCUGCGCAGCGCGGGCCUCUCGCAGCGCAAGGCGGAGUACAUCCAGGGGCUAGCGGAGAAGUUUGCCAGCGGCGAGCUCAGCGCUCAGAUGCUCCUGCAGGCGAGCGAUGAAGAGGUCCUGGAGAAGCUGAUUGCGGUCCGUGGUCUGGGGAGGUGGUCAGUGGAGAUGUUUUCGUGCUUCGGGUUGAAGAGGAUGGAUGUGUUUUCGACGGGGGAUUUGGGGGUUCAGAGCCUGUUCAUGUGGUAUAUGUGGCGUAUUGAGGAUGUGGAUGUAACCGUCAUGCAGCACCAAUAA